UGUUUAAAAGGUUAUAAGAUGCACGAUAUUUCUUGUACUUCUCUUCGUUCUAAACAUUCGCGUCUUUGUUACUUCGGGAGGCAGCAGCGGUGGGGCGUUUUCAUUCCACAUUUCGUUGCGUUAAUAAUCCCUUCAGUCAUGACUCCCUCACACACCCACGCAAGGCUCCCCCCGACUAAUGGCUUCGCUCGUAAGGUUUAUACACGCCGUGGUUUCAUUGUAUCUGUGUAUGGUAAACAGUCUCGGCCGUUGUUAGCAUUGGAAGCAGCUCCCACGGCGACACUUGAUACGACGCUCGGUUGCCUCCACGCCCAGGCCGGAGGACGCCGCAGUCACCCCUGAUGUGUGUGAUUCCUCGACUCUCACGUUGCUCGAGGUGGCAUUUCCCAUUUUCACUCGCCUCACUUACCGUCAUCCCACACAACCUAGUCACUCACUCAGCUGCUUGUUGCACACUGGCCCCGCCCACUGCCCUCACGCCGCCACAAGCAAGGUUUCACACAGGCAGACACAGACGCAUCAUUAUUCGCCGGCCACACGUAGAGCCGAUGCGGAAGACUUAUAACAUGUCGCCACUGAUGCAAGUCACUGCUUAGUGAUGUGAUGGUUUUCUCUGCCUCACACUCCCGGGGCUGGGCCGGACCCGUCCUCUCUGGGUCUGCGUGCCAUGCCUGCUGUAUAGGGGCGGGGCGGGGCGGGGUGGCGCCGUGACAGGUGAGGUGACGGGAGUCCCCAGUGAGGUAGCUGCCCGGCGCCCCCUCGGCCCAGGCAUUCACGGGACGGAUUUGGCCGCGAGGUGGCUGGCAGAGUCGACGAGACGGGUGGAGGCGGCUCGGCGGCGGCAGCGGCGUGGCAGUGUGGCCCUCACCAGUGUCCUCGACGGUCGCCUAUGUUCUCUCGUUCCUCGCCAUGUUUUCGUGGCUCAGCAGAGACGACGCUAAGAAGCGUCAGUUACAAAUGUGCGAGACGGUGUUGGAGGGGCUGAAAGUGGUCUACAAACACAAACUGCUGCCGCUCGAGGCGCACUACCGCUUCGAGGAUUUCCACUCGCCCCCCCUCAGUGACACGGACUUCGAUGCCAAGCCCAUGAUUCUCCUGGUGGGGCAGUACUCCACCGGCAAGACCACCUUCAUCCGCUACAUCCUCGAGAAGGACUUCCCGGGCAUCCGCAUCGGGCCGGAGCCGACGACGGACAGCGUGGUGGUGGUGAUGCACAACGAGCGGGACGGCAUCAUCCCCGGCAACGCCCUCGUCGUGGACCCCAACAAGCCCUUCCGCCCCCUCACCAAGUACGGCAACGCCUUCCUCAACCGCUUCCAGUGCUCCUACGCCAGCUCCAACGUCCUCAAGGGCCUCACCAUCGUGGACACGCCGGGCAUCCUCUCCGGCGAGAAGCAACGCGUGGACAGAGGCUACGACUUUCACGCCGUUCUUGAGUGGUUCGCCGAGAGGGUGGACCGCAUCAUCCUGCUCUUCGACGCCCAUAAACUGGACAUUUCCGACGAGUUCCGAUGCUUCCUGGAGCGACUUCGAGGUCAACACGACAAGAUCAGAAUCGUGCUGAACAAGGCGGACAUGAUCGACCACCAGCAGCUGAUGCGAGUGUAUGGCGCCCUCAUGUGGUCACUGGGCAAGAUCCUCAACACGCCCGAGGUGGAGCGAGUCUACGUCGGCUCCUUCUGGAAUCAGCCGCUCCGAUACGACAUAAAUAGAACACUGUUUGAGGCAGAGGAGCAGGACCUGUUCACCGACCUCCAGUCCCUGCCCCGCAACGCUGCCCUCAGGAAGCUGAAUGACCUCAUCAAGCGUGCCCGCCUGGCAAAGGUCCAUGCCUACAUCAUCUCGGAACUCAAGAAGGAGAUGCCGGCCAUGUUCGGGAAGGAGAACAGGAAGAAGGAGCUCAUCAGGGACCUGGCCAACAUCUACGAGAAGAUCCAGAGAGAACACCAGAUCUCACCUGGCGACUUCCCGGAGCUCAAGAGAAUGCAGGACCUCCUUCAGCACCACGACUUCACCAAAUUCAACGUGCUCAAGCCCAGACUACUGGAGUCUGUGGACAGGAUGUUGGCGGAGGACAUUGCCCGCCUGAUGGCGAUGAUCCCUGUGGAGGAGGCCACCAAUGAAAGCAAAGACAAAGGCAUUGUGCAAGGAGGCGCCUUCGAUGGGGUGAUGAACGACAACACAGUCUUUGGCUUCGGCCGAGGAGAGGGUGCCGAUGCUGGCGCCGGCGACCCUGACUGGAUAGUGGCCAAGGACCGCUUCAAGUAUGACCAACUCUUUGACAACCUGAACCCUGUCGACGGAAAGAUCACUGGCUCGGCUGCCAAGCAAGAAAUGUUGAAAUCCAAACUCCCGAACUCAGUCCUGGGGAAGGUGUGGAAGCUCUCCGACGUGGACAAGGAUGGCAUGCUUGACUCUGAUGAGUUUGCGCUGGCGAUGCACUUGAUAAACAUUAAGCUGGACGGCAACGACCUUCCUGCCGAGCUGCCCCUCCACCUCAUGCCGCCCAGCAAGAGAGGGUUCCAGGCCUAGGGCAGGUUUGGGCACUGGGUAUCUGUGGAGCUUUUGUAAGGUGAUCCUCUAUUUGGGUCUUGUUUUUUGGCAGGAUCUGUUCUUAUCGAGUAAAGACUGAUUUAUUAUUACCUUUCUUCUCUUUCGUCUUGUUCUUCUUGUUUCUCGUAUCUCUUAAGGAUGUGUUUGUUAAUUGAAUGAGGUGAGAUAAGUCAUCACAUGUAGCUUUUUGUACAUUCAUGUGGUUUUGUUUUUUUUUUUUUUUUUUUUACACCAGAAUCACUCUUUGUUUGGUUGAUGUGUUUUCGAAAAUGGAGUAUUUUGUACUUUGGAAGCAAGAGAGGGAAGACUGAUUGAAACACUGAUGAGGUGGUUGAACAUUUGGUGGCAUGGAUUGAAGGUGUGCAUGUGGAGGGUGGAAGGUUGAGGUAUGACGGAGAGUUGCAUGGACUGGCAGUAGGGAGUCGGACAUCUCGUUUUGGUUCUCUGACAAGGAGGAUGUAAGAAAAGCUUUGUAGUUACAGAUGCCAUAUUCAUGUCUCAGUAUAUUCAGAAUACCAAGGAAGAGGUAUUGCAUCAUAAUCUGAUUUCUUACAUCAUCUUGGUGUUCUGACCACCAUAUACGAAAUAUUGUAUCAUACCAUAAAUGUUUCAUCAUUAGUGUAUUUAAUACCUGUACAGAAGACGCUGGGCCCUCCAUAUAGCCCGUCAGCUUUGAACCGUCAUCUCUUACUCUCUCAUUGCCCUCUCUCCUCGCUCUCACUCCUCGGAGCUGCCUCCACCGCCCUCCACACCUACAUGGCAGUAACUUUUGUCAGGCUGUUCAUUGUUUUUGUAUAUUUUUAUUACAAAGUUUUGUAGCACAUAGUUAUGUAAAUGAAACACUGAAGCUAAUUAUUGGAUAUUUUGCAUUUCCCGGUAUUAUGCGAAUCGGUUAGGCUCAAAUUAUGCUAUGAAAACAUUUUCCUCUUUCAGCAACAUUAUUGCCACGACAGGGUCCUUUAAUUCAUUGUGUUACUGGCAGCAGGACAUGUUUACUCUUAUUACCUACCACCUUAUAAGCAGUUUUAUAACUGGUCAGUGUUUGGGUUUCAUGCACUGACCAUUGCAGAUCCACUAAGUGCAUACAGCAGCAGCAGUUAGUUGAGUUUAUAUGUGAAUGUUUUCAUUGCUUGUGGCAGAAUCCCGAUACAAGUGUUAAGCAUCUCAUACUGACUUUCUAUACAUUGAUACUGAUGGGCAACAACACUUUAUUCAGACAACCUUAAUAUCUACUUAUUAUGAGUACUUGUGUGUGUGUGUGUGUGUAGAAUACUCAAGGAUUUUAUGAGUACGUUAUGCCAAGACAGCUUUCCAUAUCACUUGUCAUCAUCAUUAGAAACAAAAUUUCCUGCAUUGGCAAAGUAGGAGGUCUAGAGAAGGCAUGCCAGCUGGUAGGAGGAUGCUGCUGGCAGAACCAAUGACUCUGGUUGUCUUGUCCUUCACUGGAUUGGAAAUUCUGUUUUCCACCUUGAAUGAGCAAUGGCCACACCACUUUGAAUAUGAAGGUGCUCUCUUUCUCUAACUAUUUUAAUCACUUGAGCAUUGCUAAGUUUGUGUGUCUGAUAAUGUAACUUGAUCCAUUUUGAGGAUUUGGGUUACAGAGUGUAAGAGUGAUCUAACUUUCUUCACUGGCCAGUCCUUUCUUUGAUGGUUUUACUGUUGUGUGGGCUCGUCCCCCCAUCUUGCUAACUAAAAUAAUGAUGGUGUAGUGGUUGCUUCACAGUUAGUUGUUCAUGGCUGGGUUAUCAUUCACAGCAUUGCUUGAUGGUUAUAUCACCUGCACUUUGGAUUUCACAUUUCAUAUAAUACUCUUUGUGUCAUCCAGAUAUGUUGAUAUUACUCUUGGUGGCCUUCUGCUAUUGUUUGCCAAGCAUUUGAUGACAGCUGAAUUAAGAAUGUGUUUUGAACCUCACAUGGAAGCUGUGCUGAGGUGUGCUAGAAGACAGGUUGCUGAUAUAAAAACAGUGAUUACAGGAGCUAAACUAACCAAUAAGAUAAUUGAAUUUGAAGACAACUAAUGUUCCUCAUACAGUUUCAUCGUGCAAUUUGAACAUGCCCUGUGAUUAUUUAUUAUUAUAUACAAUAUUGUUUAUUUAAGAGUAAAUAAAGUUUAUAAAUAUUAUCAAAGUUUACACUAUAGAUAUACUUCAAGAAACUCAGCAGAAGUAUAAAGAAAUGGUACAGAUCUUUAUUUCUUUAGUAAAAUAGCAAACAUUUAUGAUCACACAAAAGUUGUUGAAAGAGUAAAAUAUCUUCAUGCAAUAUGCAGAGGAAACAAAUAAUAAGGCAUUAUUAUUCUUAUUUAUUUAUCACUGUUAAUAUUUGGUAUUUUUGUUGGUGUAUUGUUUAGGAGCCCAGUCCCCAGUGGCCUGAAAUGUUGAUUAUUUGUCAACUAUGAGAACAUAACUAAGAGAAUAAAACAGGAAUAAUCAUAAGAGGUUAAUCAUAUUUGAGUCAUAUAAUGAUACCUAUCAGAGGAAGUGAAUCAUCUUUGAGCAAGAGCAAAAGAUGGUAAUCAACAACAUUAGAAACAAAAAAUAUGAUUAUACAAGGAAAAGGAGGAGCAUCUAGUCGUGUCUGCUACUCUCUGUCAGAACUCUUUAAGCAGGCAGGUCCUAACGCCUGCCAAGUGCAGUAUUUCAGGAACGGUAUUUACUGAGCUCCAGAUGACGCCCACCCUGUAGAGCUGAUGCGUUUGUGUGCGUAUGUGUGUGUGUGGGUGUGUAUGAAGCCACGUCACAGCCUCACAGCAGCUCAGUGUGUAUGGUAAGGUCUGCCAGGGUAGAUAAAUAUUUCUUAGUGAUCAGUUUGGGAUGAAAGACUUCUUUAUGUGUAAGUCUCCAGCAGUUUAGAUCCAUGUACUGAUUUUGUGUGUAUGUGCAUCUUGGUGUGUCUAUGUUGUGCUGGUGUGUGUGUUCUGUGUCGUGGUGUGUGGGAGCCUGGCAAAGACCGUUCACUAAAUAGUGCCUGUAGCCAGUAACUCUUCAAUAGGCUAAUAAUGAUACUAAUAAUAAUAAUAAUCACGCAAGUGCCGCAUCUUUUCCUGUGCAAGUUAUUUUCUAUCGAGUAGUUUUCAUAUCACAGUAAGCUUUUUGGACUUACCAUAAAUGUUUCAGAUCGGGAGGGUUUUAUUUUGAUUUCUGCGAGAGCUUUGAUGAAAGGGUGCUAUACAUAUACAGUUGAGCUUCUUAUUGAUCUUUGAUGCUGUUAUUGCUACAGCUAAUAGGAGGAGGAGCAGGUUUCAUUCCAUCAUGUCUCGUAGUUUCUUUCUGUAACUUUAUGCUGAGUGGCAGAAACAGACGUGAGUGUUAACGAAGCAUCCCGUGGUUACUCAACAUGUCUGUGGACGUAGGUUGUUUCAAGUACCCACACUGAUGGAUGGACAGACAUUCAUGGUGUAACUGAUUGUGGAAGGCAGACAGACCUGUUUGAGAAGUUACAUACAACACUACACGAAUAUUUAUCACAUAAUAUUUUGAGGACAAGUCUUUCAUAUAGUAUUUUUCCUCUGAUGUCUUUUUGCAAGGAACUUUUCACACAAGGUAUAAUGAUUCAGCCAGUACUGUUUAGUUGAUACUGUGGCCUGCAUGAUGUAAUGAGGUGGGGCAGGGCAGGGCGGGGAGGAGGCCGUUGUUUGUGGUGGCAAGACAUGCACCGGAGGACUUCUUUUUGUCUCCCGGCAGAGGCUCAGAACACGCUCAAGGUGAAGGUGUUAGGCAGAGGCUCGUCAGCGGCCAGGUGUUCCUCAUUAUUCAGGCUCAUACAGGCGUCAGUACAGGUAGUGUGCUCACCUUUGUUUUCCUUACAGCUGUACAUUAAUUGUAAAUAUGGAUAAUACAUAUCUUCAGUUUAACAUAAAAAAAUGUUAUAAUUGGCAUUGUCAAUCACCAUAUUGCCAAGGUAUUUAGGAAACCAAAGAUUUGAUUUCUAUGUCUAUUAAAGUAAAACAUUUCACAUAUUUUAUUGAAUCUAUGUUAGCCAUCUUAAUGGAGAAAAAAGUUUAUAGCUUAUAAGUAUAUUCCUUUAUAAAUAAAUUAUGGAAGAUA